GGUCGCACUUGCCUACAGCUAUAUGAUUAUACACUUGCACAGUGGACACAUAGACACUAUCGAGCCUAUAUAUACCGCUUGGAACUCUCGCUUCAAAAUCUUCAAACAAUAGCCAGCAUCGAGUCAUUUUCAGCAGUCAUGGUUCAGACGUCACCUUCUCUAGAAGAGGUGAAACAGUUGAUCUCGAAGAACAAUGUCAACUGCAUUCCAAUCUGUGCGCAGAUCCCUGCGGACCUACUGACUCCGGUGAUGGCGUUCCUCAAGAUCACGGAGAAGUCAGAGUACAGCUUCCUUUUGGAGAGUAUUAUGGAUGGGGAGCAUGUAGCUCGGUAUAGCUUCAUCGGAUCAGAUCCUUUCAAGGUGAUCAAGACCGGCGAAGGAUACGAAAUCCGCGGAGAUCCCAUGAAGCCGCUAGAGGCUGAGCUCGCACAAUACCGGUAUCAGUCUAUCCCGGAAGUACCGACGUUCACUGGUGGAGCUAUCGGAUUCGUGACCUACGACUGCAUCCAGCAUUUCGAACCCAAAACCAAGCGAGAGCUACGGACUCCCUUUGAAAUUCCUGAGGCGGUCUUCAUGUUCUGUGACUCCAUCCUCGUGUUCGACCACAUCUACCAGACCGUCAAGAUUGUCUCUCACGUCUACCUCCCUGACGGCUCGGAUCCUUCCUCCCUCUCGACGAUUUACGAUCAGGCCGUCGCAAAGGUUCAGAAGCUGUCUCAACAGCUGGCAAGACCGGACACUCCCUUGCCGCAUCAGCCUCCUAUCAAGCGGGGAAACGAAUCAGUCUCAAAUGUUGGCAAGGCGGGCUAUGAGGGUUUCGUAACAAAGCUCAAGGAGCACAUUGUCAAGGGAGACAUCAUUCAAGCCGUACCAUCGCAACGCCUCAGUCGGCCCACCUCUCUCCACCCUUUCAAUGCAUACCGCCAUCUGCGACAAGUCAACCCGAGCCCCUACAUGUUUUACUUGAACUGCGGUGAUGUUCAGCUUGUCGGAGCAAGUCCGGAGACAUUGUGCAAGGUUGAGAACCGCAAGGUGUAUAACCACGCUAUUGCCGGUACUGUCAAGCGAGGGAAAACCCCAGCAGAUGACAUCCGAUUAGGAAAAGAACUCCUAGCAAGCGAAAAGGACCGGGCCGAACACAUCAUGCUGGUCGAUCUCGCUCGAAACGACGUCAAUCGAGUGUGCAAGCCCGAGACUGUGCAGGUGGACGACUUGAUGAGGUUGGAAAAGUUUAGCCAUGUCAUUCACCUGACCAGUCAGAUUAGCGGUAUUCUCAGAGAGGACAAGACCAGAUUCGACGCCUUCAGGUCCAUCUUCCCGGCUGGGACUGUGUCUGGUGCACCCAAGAUCAAGGCGAUCGAGAUUGUGGGCGGCUUGGAGCAAGAGAAGCGAGGGGUAUACGCGGGUGCGGUCGGCCGGUUCGACUUUAACUCGAACGAGCUUGAUACGUGUAUCGCCAUCAGGACGAUGACAUUCAAGGAUGGAGUCGCUUACCUCCAGUCAGGUGGUGGAAUCGUAUUUGAUAGCGUGGAGGAAGACGAGUACAUGGAGACUAUCAACAAGCUGGGAGCCAAUGUCCGUUGCAUCGAUGCCGCUGAAGAAUACUACUACAAUCUGCAGCAACAGCAAUGACAGCAUCGAGCUGUUGCAUAACCGAGUCGCCUGUAGCUUCGACUAUUGAUUAUCAAUCGGAGCAAUUCGGCACGUGACUUGUUUGUGCCCCGCAAAGUUGAGCGGCUCUGGACUCUAUUCUGUGUGUUCAGCCGCCGCCCAUGACGCAAACCCUUCCCUCUCUUGUGCCCUUGGGUCCUCGCCCGCCGAUGCUUGUCCGCGCUAUUUGGCUCCGAAGCGAGGUCGAGGUCGUUUUGAUCCGGGGCGUGAGGGCACGGGAUUGCGAUUAUCU